GUGGUGACGAGAGUAGCAGUUCCGCCAUUGGUCGAGGAAGCGUGAGGGACGGGCCAGCGUGGGGAGCAAGGAGAGACCAAGGCGGUGGCCCCGAGAGAGCCAGAGCAAUGGAGGCCAACAUACCGAAGCGGAAGGAGUCUGGCAAAUCCCUGCGUAUCAAAGUCAUCUCCAUGGGCAACGCUGAAGUGGGAAAAAGCUGUAUUAUAAAGCGAUACUGUGAGAAAAGAUUUGUGUCUAAAUACCUUGCAACAAUUGGAAUUGACUAUGGAGUCACAAAGGUACAAGUCAGAGACAGAGAAAUCAAAGUUAACAUCUUCGAUAUGGCUGGACAUCCCUUCUUCUACGAGGUUCGUAAUGAGUUUUACAAGGACACACAGGGUGUGAUACUGGUCUAUGAUGUUGGGCAGAAAGAUUCCUUUGAUGCCCUUGAUGCAUGGCUGGCAGAAAUGAAGCAAGAUCUUGGACCUCAUGGAAACAUGGAAAAUAUUGUAUUUGCAGUGUGUGCCAACAAGAUCGACUGUGCUAAGCACCGCUGUGUUGAUGAAAGUGAAGGACGUCUUUGGGCUGAAAGCAAAGGGUUCCUGUACUUCGAAACCUCGGCUCAAACUGGAGAAGGGAUCAGUGAGAUGUUCCAGACCUUUUAUGUAUCCAUAGUUGAUUUAUGUGAAAACGGCGGGAAACGUCCUAUCACAAAUAGCAGUGCUAGUUUCACCAAAGAACAAGCAGACAGCAUUCGCAGAAUUCGCAAUAGUAAAGAUAGUUGGGACAUGCUGGGAGUCAAACCUGGGGCCUCAAGAGAUGAAGUCAAUAAAGCAUAUCGGAAACUUGCUGUGCUGCUUCACCCUGACAAGUGUGUAGCACCUGGUAGUGAAGAUGCCUUCAAAGCCAUUGUGAAUGCCCGAACAGCCCUCCUGAAAAACAUCAAAUAGAAAGUAGAAAAAAAAAGACAAGUGUGGGCCUCGAGUCCAAACAGACUUUCCCUAGAGGUAAAGUAGCCAACAUGGGUUUUUCCUCCACAAAAUCUUAGAGCUCUUUUCACUCAUGUGCUGUCAUUUGUAAAUCAGUAAUUCGGGUGCCUGUUAC